AUGCCAGUUGGCCAGCGUGAACCGCUCAACGUACAGCAAUCUUUGUAUGCCCGGGUACUCCUGCUGUCAUUUGUGUUGACAGGAUCGAUUUUGACCAGCUAUGCGUUGUUCAACAAGCACCUAACACAGUAUAAGAAAGCUACCGAUAUCCCACAGAAAGUGUUUCGCAAAAAAUGGCUUUACGGGAAGGUUACAGCAGUGGGGGAUGGUGACAAUUUUCAUUUCUUUCAUACCCCGGGUGGGAUCCGUGGCGGAUGGGGUUGGCUUCGAAGAGUACCGGAACUUGAAAAGACAGACAAUGACAAAAAAGUAGAAGCCAGUCACUGGCUUUUAAAUCCUUUUCGCAGACGCAAAAUGACCGAAAAAGACAAGUUUCUAGCAUUGCACGUCCCGCUGAAAGGUAAACGAAAUUUACCAACCGUUUCGAUCCGUCUGUGUGGUGUGGAUGCUCCAGAAAGAGCACAUUUCGGCAACGAAGCUCAGCCUUUCAGUGAAGAAGCGCUCAUUUGGCUACGUCACACCAUAAUAGGACGCAAUGUCUGGGUCAAACCGUUGGCUAUUGAUCAGUACAGUCGUUGUGUUGCAAAAGUCGAAUACUUAACAUGGACCGGCUACAAAAAUCUAAGUCUGGAAAUGGUGAAAUGUGGACUUGCAACAGUCUAUGAGGGGAAGACUGGAGCCGAGUUUGACUCAGAAGAAGACGUUUAUCUUUUCCAUCAAAAUGUGGCCAAAGCCAACAAAAGAGGGAUUUGGAGUCUGAAAAAACUGGAAACCCCUGCCGCUUACAAGAAAAGAGUCGCGUAA